GACACAAAGGCCGUUUCUACUUUUUUUCUUCUAUCUCUCCUAUUAUCUUCUCUACGUUCGGAUCUCGCCUUUGAGACCCAGACCCAGACCGCCAGAGAAAAAGGAUUCCCAUUUGGACCCGCAGAAAUCACAUAACAUGCAGCAUGUAUCAGGAUUUGGCUAUCCCACUCCCCCCGCUUCGCCGGUGUACGACAGCACAAAGUGCUCGAUCCAGCAGCCCAUCACAACAGCACCCCACUGCCAGGCACGAUACAUCCCGUUGACCCCGGAGGAGAGGCUAGGAAGAUUCCUCGAGGGCAAGUUGCAGUUGACGACCAUUCUGGGAACCGGCGCUUAUGGCGUCGUCUACUCAGCCGUGGAUGUCAAGACCGGAGUCCGUUAUGCCGUCAAGUGUCUCAGCAAAUUCAACCCAGACGGAACCCCAUUGGAUCGUCGACAGGUUGCCUUCCAGAACCGGGAGAUUCGUCUGCAUUACUUGGCCUCGGCCCACCCCAACGUGGUGUCGAUGCUGAAGAUUGUUGACGACCCGGACUGCAUUUAUGUUAUCUUGGAAUAUUGCCCGGAGGGUGACUUGUUUUUCAACAUCACCGAAUGUGGUCAGUAUGUUGGGAACGACGAUCUCGCCAAGAGAGUCUUCCUCCAGAUCUUGGAUGCUGUUGAGCACUGCCAUUCUCUGGGAAUCUACCACCGGGACUUGAAGCCGGAGAACAUUCUCGUGUCGGACCACGGAGAGACCGUCAAGCUUGCCGACUUUGGCCUCGCAACCUCAUCUGACCGGUCUGAGGACUACGGAUGCGGCUCCACAUUCUACAUGAGUCCAGAAUGCUUGGACCACUCAGCCCGUAGACCUUUCUACUUUUGCGCCCCCAAUGAUGUCUGGAGUCUCGGAGUCAUCCUGGUCAACCUCACUUGUGGACGCAACCCAUGGAAGCAAGCCUCUUUCGAGGACUCUACCUACCGGGCUUACACCCGGUGCCCGGAGACUCUGAAGAGCAUCCUCCCAGUGUCGGAUGAACUGAACGACAUAUUGGGAAGGAUCUUCGCCCGGAACCCGGACCAGAGGAUCACCCUGUCCGAGUUGAAGGCCAGGAUCCAGACUUGCUCCAGGUUCACCAUCCCGGCGAUGCCUACUUCCGCCUUCUCGACACCCCCGGCUUCGCCCGACCACACCACUGAAUACGUUACUUGCGAGGACACGAUUGUCGAUGACUAUGACAACGCUCUCUCGCCCGCCUCGUCUUCUUCAGACGAAGGUUCUACAUGUUCCUCAGACGACGGCUCACUCACAUCGAGUGGUUCAACUAUUGACGACCUCGACGAGGAGUUCCUCCAGGAACAACAGGAGGCAAUGACAUGCCACGCCCAAGUCUUCGAGCCAGAGGAUUCUCGGACGCCCUUCUUCCCCCCCCAGGAGUUUGUUCCCCAACAGUACACUGGACCUGUUCCGUCACCAGUAGCCGGACACCAGGAACCCCCCCUUCACUCCCACAUGUCCGCACCUGGUCCCAUGCCAGCCCAGGUUCAAAUGCAGGCACCGAGCUGCCCGUCAAAGUCCUUUGUCCAGUUCUGGUGGGGAGACGUGUUGAAGUAUGCACAGCAGGCCCCUGCUAUUCAUCCUCACGUCCCCUUCCACCACCAGGUUCCGAUCUUCUCUCAUCCUCAAGGCUGCUACUAGUUAGCCAUCAUAUCCGUUACGUUCCGCCAGUCUGUUCACAGGAUACCGUCCAUGCGCAUAUCCCGGAUUGCUUCGGCGAAUCAAACCAGCAACGAAAACGCCUAAUCACACCAAACGUUAAACCCAUGGACCGAACGACCCCAUGAGGAUACCUAAUUCCAUUAUGAGAUAUGUGGACCACAUUUUGCAAUUGGAUUACCAGCGUGGAACAGGAUCUGUUCAAAAGCUCAGCGAAAAAAAAAGGUCCGGAACUUUUGCUUUUUUUCAACUUCUCUCUCGCCCGCUCUCUUCUCAGAGGCGUGGUGGCUGUCUGAUUUUACGUCUUGUUCUUUCAUGUCAUUUCAGCGCGGAGUUGGGACUUGGAAAGAUGAUUGGGGAUGGUCUAUUACUACUCUGUUAUGGAUAGCCUAGGGUAGGGGUGGCAUAUCAGGCGCAACGGGAUAAAGAGAUGGGAAACGGGGGGUUCUUGGUUGGAGUUCCUCUUAUUUUCAGGGAGAUUUGGGGCAUUCGAUUCUAAUGCAUCUGGAGCGCAAGCACCCAAGAGGGUCUGCUUUGCAUGGCUUCCUGCUUUGAGUCAUCGGACGACCUCAUCCUGCUUCUGGGUUCUCAGUAGGGGAAUCAAGGCCCCAUUUCACCAGGGCGCUUGAGCGAACAUUGGAGGCAGGCGAAGAUGCUGAAUUCGCGAAGACGAGAGGAAAACAUGGUUUAGACAAUACCAGGGCUAAAGAACCCGAUAUCUCGCCGCGAGUCUGUUC